GAGCGGCGGGCGGAGGAAGAGAGCGGAGCGGAGCGGAGUGAGGCACCGGGGCUCGGGGAGGCGGCUGCUGGACGGAGGGAGGCAGCAGAGCAGCAGGGUCCGGGCAAGCGGCCCGUGGGACGGCGACCGGAGGGAGAAGCGUUGCCGCACAAGGAAGCGGUUCCGCAGACUGUCGUCAAGCUGCUCGGCAGCCGCUUCGAGCAAGAAAAGGCCGCCUUAAAGGGACAGUCCACUCGGAGGGAGUCUUAAAGUGACAGUCCACUCGGAGGGAGUCUUAAAGUGACAGUCCACUCGGAGGGAGUCUUAAAGUGACAGUCCACUCGGAGAGAGUCUUAAAGUGACAGUCCACACGGAGAGAGUGUUAAAGGGACAGUCCACACGGAGAGAGUGUUAAAGGGACAGUCCACUCGGAGGAAGACUUCAAAGCGACAGUCUACUUGGAGAGAAUCUUAAAGUGACAGUCCACUCCAAGCGUCUAUUAAAGCCACAGUCCCCUUCCUAAAGUGACAGUCUGCAGUAAGGCCAGGCCACUACAAGGUCAAUCGGCUCAAAAUCAGCACACCCAGCCCUCCAGACCAUUCCUGCUCACUUCCCCUGUUUCUUUAGGCUAUAGUUGUUAAGAGCACGUUUGUUAUUCUGAAGGUUGAGUGGGAAAAGGGGCUGUGUGACCUCGGAACCCUACUUUUCCCGGAAGACCCACCUGUCCUCGGAAUGGCCGAUCUGAACCGUCAGCUCCGCGACUAUCUGUCCCAGUCCCGAGCAGGGCAGGCGGGGCAAGCGGCUGACAGCGAGCCUCUCCUCAUCCCAGAUACUGAGUCCCUGUCAACCGCACCCAGCUGGGCCAGCAGGCUGAACCCCUUCGCUGGGCUGGGCAGCGGCUCGCCCCCAGACCAGAGCACUGGUCCCGCUGAGGGAGGGUUGUGGGCGACCGAGCCUGACCCCUGGUUGCCCUCCCUGUCCCGACGCCAGCGGCUGAUGGGUUUUGGCCUGUGCCUGGCAAUGGGACUGCUGUGCUUUGGCCUCUCGGCGAUGUAUGCCCCCUUCCUACUGCUGAGGGCCCGCAAGUUUGCCUUGCUCUUCACCCUGGGGAGCCUAUCCCUGCUGGGCAGCCUGGCCCUACUGCGGGGGCCCGGAAACCAGCUACGGCUGCUGGCCUCCCGGGACCACCUGCCCUUCACCGCUGCCUACAUGGGCUCGCUGCUGGCCACCCUGUACGCCGCCCUGGCGCUGCAGAGCACCGCCCUCACUGCUGUGGCUGCCACAUUCCAGCUGGUCGCCCUCACUGGAUACCUGCUCAGCUCAGUGCCCAGCGGGGCGGCCGGGCUCCGCUUCCUGGGGGGCCUCUUCACCUCGCUCUUCAAGCGGACCGUCAGCAAGUCCCUGCCCCUGUGAAGGUAGCUCAGGGUGUUGGGGAGGCAUUGGCCAUCGCUCAGAGACUGGACGCUCCCCCUCCCCCCCCCACUGAAGCACUAGAUGCUGAGGCUACUGCCUCUGAAGGAAAGUUCCUUAGAAAUUGAGAGGUAACUGUGUCUGCCCUCUCUGAUGAAUGCAGAAACUCCUGUGGCCUCCCUCCACAAGAAUUCUUCCAAGAGAGAGACAAUGCAGGGAUUUCAACGAAAAGUGCCACAAUUCCUUCCGCCCUCCCACACACACACACACAGCAGGUGUGUCUUCCAGUCUCGACAUAAACUACGGACUCUCCACAGUGGCAGAUCCUUCCCACAGCACCCUGAGAGGCUGCCCGAUAUGCUGAGCCCCUCCAGCGGAAUGCAGCAAAUUCCUGAGGGCGAUUCACCCCAGCCUCCACCAGCCUGUAAUCAUCCAUCGAUCGACAGGCGUUUAACCUCAGCAGAAAUUUACCCUGCAUCCUGAACAUCAGCGCCUUACGCUUCACGUGGGACAGUGGCUUCAAAGCAAUUCAGUGAAGGUCCUCAUCUCGGGAAAGUCUGGACUGAGGGAAGGGAGAGAGAUUGGGAACAACGGAUUGGAGUACAGUGGUUUGUAACAUCCAGUGGGCUAGCAGAGCAGACCCCAGAAUCAGGCUUCUAUCGUGAAAUAUGUUGUUUUGCAGCAGCGGUAUAUUACGAUACAUAAUUUAAAAAAUUAUAAAUUGCAAUAAGAAUUAUAUAUACAAAAAAAUUAAAUAAGUAGAGCAAAAAAGAAAAAAGGUAUUGUUCAUUAAGAACUCUGAUGGUGGAGGGGAAGAAACUGUUCCUGAAACGUUGAGUGUGCGUCUUCAGGCUCCUGUACCUCCUCCCUGAUGAUAGCAAUGAGAAGAGGGCAUGUCCUGGGUGGUGGGGGUUCUUAAUGACAGAUGUUGCUCCUAAAUCUGCUCUUAUGUCUUAUGGUCUUAUGAAAACAGCUACUAGUGACGGAUGCAGGAUGGAGGGAGCGACAGACAAGGGAGAUUGGACUGGGUGGUGGACAAGUUCAUAAUGACAAGCUAUUAUGUACAUAUGAUUGUGUAAAAGGCAACUGAUUUCAAAAUAAACAUGAUGAUUGAAUGAAAGGCAAGUGUACAUUUGAACUCCACUGUGCUGU